AUGUUGCGUAUACCUCUUCUAUCUCCAAUUGAUAAUUUCUUUUGUGGAGCAGAGGAAGAAAAAGUUCCGCACGUCUAUCGAUCUGAUCUGUUGAAAACUCUUUCAUUAUCGGUGUUCAAAUUGCAGAAGCGAGCUCUUGAGGGUAUUCCACAUAUUGCGUUCACCCUUGUCUGUGGUGCAAAGCUGAAAUCCGCUCUAUGGCGAAUUGGUGCCAAUGUGAAGUUUGUGAUUCGAAAGAAAGAUGGUGACCGAUUCGUUGAACGUAAUUAUCCAAGUAAUGAAUUUACCUUUGCCGCAAAAACGUUGGCCGAUAUGGUCCCAUGGGAAGAGAUCGACACGACCCUUGGUUGUUCCGUCAGCGAUCCCAAGACGCCAAUCGCUUUCACCAUUGAACUCCAUAUCGACAUAGUGAAGAGCUAUGGAUUCAGGUGUGUUACAAGGCCUUUCUCAAUCAAGUUUUGGGAGCCUAGUCAAGAGAUCACCAAGUUCUUGGAUUUUUCGCCUAAGCCGUGUAGGGGCAACGGUGACCGUAGCUAUUGGUGA